UCUAGGAAGUCGCCUUUCUCUUUGGCUGGAGGCGGGUUUUUCUGCGGGUGCAGACCCGAAUCCCGCUGACAAGCCGAGUGGACCGGGAGGGGCAGGACGGGGCACGGAGGCUGCAGGCCUGAGGCGAGGUCCCCUGAGGCUGCGGCUGCCUGACUGAGAGGUGGCCAUUCAUUCUUCGAGUGUGGCUGAGGAGCGAGGGCCCCUUCGGGGGCUCUUUCGAAGUCAGCUGCCAGACCUGAAGGAGAACCACCCUGCGCUUACCCUGGGCCGCUGCCGGCCUUCUCAGAGUGGAGGGCACCCCACUUCUUCCACCCUGCGGCUGAGGUGACCGCUGCCAUGGCUUUUCCCCAUCGGCCGGACGCCCCAGAGCUACCUGACUUCUCCAUGCUCAAGAGGCUGGCUCGAGACCAGCUCAUCUAUCUGCUGGAGCAGCUUCCAGGAAAAAAGGACUUGUUCAUUGAGGCAGAUCUCAUGAGCCCUUUGGAUCGAAUCGCCAAUGUCUCCAUCCUAAAGCAACAUGAAGUAGACAAACUGUACAAAGUGGAGAACAAGCCAGCUCUCAGCUCCAGUGAACAAUUGUGCUUCUUGGUCAGACCUCGCAUCAAGAAUAUGCGGUACAUUGCUAGUCUUGUCAAUGCUGACAAAUUGGCUGGCCGAACUCGUAAAUACAAAGUGAUCUUCAGCCCUCAGAAGUUUUAUGCGUGUGAGAUGGUGCUUGAGGAAGAGGGCAUCUAUGGAGAUGUGAGCUGUGACGAAUGGGCCUUCUCUUUGCUGCCUCUUGAUGUGGAUCUGUUGAGCAUGGAACUCCCAGAAUUUUUCAGGGACUACUUUCUGGAAGGAGAUCAGCGCUGGAUCAACACUGUGGCACAGGCCUUGCACCUCCUCAGCACUCUCUAUGGACCUUUUCCUUACUGCUAUGGAAUUGGCAGGUGUGCCAAGAUGUCACAUGAAUUGUGGAGGAACCUGGAGGAGGAGGAGGAUGGUGAAACCAAGGGCCGAAGGCCAGAAAUUGGACAUAUCUUUCUCCUGGACAGAGACAUGGACUUCGUGACGGCACUUUGCUCCCAGGUGGUUUACGAGGGCCUGGUGGAUGACACCUUCCGUAUCAAAUGUGGGAGUGUUGACUUUGGCCCAGAAGUCACAUCCUCUGACAAGAGCCUGAAGGUGCUACUCAAUGCCGAGGACAAGGUGUUUAAUGAGAUUCGUAAUGAGCAUUUCUCCAAUGUCUUUGGCUUCUUGAGCCAGAAGGCCCGGAACUUGCAGGCCCAGUAUGACCGCCGGAGAGGCAUGGACAUCAAGCAGAUGAAGAACUUCGUGUCACAGGAGCUCAAGGGACUGAAACAGGAGCACCGCCUGCUGAGCCUCCAUAUUGGGGCCUGUGAAUCCAUCAUGAAGAAGAAAACCAAGCAGGACUUCCAGGAGCUCAUCAAGACUGAGCAUGCGCUACUGGAGGGCUUCAACAUCCGGGAAAGCACCAACUACAUUGAAGAGCACAUAGACCGGCAGGUGUCACCUAUAGAAAGCCUUCGCCUCAUGUGCCUUUUGUCCAUCACUGAGAAUGGUUUGAUCCCCAAGGAUUACCGAUCCCUGAAAACCCAGUAUCUGCAGAGCUAUGGCCCUGAGCACCUGCUCACCUUCUCCAAUCUGCGGCGAGCUGGGCUCCUAACAGAGCAGGCCCCGGGGGACACCCUCACAGCUGUAGAGAGUAAAGUGAGCAAGCUGGUAACGGACAAGGCUGCAGGAAAGAUUACUGAUGCCUUCAGUUCUUUGGCCAAGAGGAGCAAUUUUCGUGCCAUCAGCAAGAAGCUGAAUCUGAUCCCACGUGUGGAUGGCGAGUAUGAUCUGAAAGUGCCACGCGACAUGGCGUAUGUGUUCAGUGGGGCUUAUGUGCCCCUGAGCUGCCGAAUCAUUGAGCAGGUGCUGGAGCGGCGAAGCUGGCAGGGCCUGGAUGAAGUGGUGCGGCUGCUCAACUGCAGUGAGUUGGCAUUCACAGACAUGACCAAGGAAGACAAGGCUUCCAGCGAGUCCCUGCGCCUCAUCUUGGUGGUGUUCUUGGGUGGCUGCACGUUCUCGGAGAUCUCAGCCCUCCGAUUCCUGGGCAGAGAGAAAGGGUACAGGUUCAUUUUUCUGACAACAGCAGUCACCAACAGCGCUCGCCUUAUGGAGGCCAUGAGUGAGGUGAAAGCCUGAAGUUUUCCCUGCCUGUGUUGAAGUCUUCCCUGGACACAUUCCUCGGAUACAGGAGUUUGACUCCCAGCUGCUAAUAAAUGUCUACCAACUGUCCUACUAAGAGCUGGGAGCAGGGAACUUAUUUGGGAUUUAGAGAAGAAAUCUGAGGAGAGCGUUCACUUCCUGCCCCCAGGAUAUUUCUUUUUGUUUAUGAGGUACAGUCAGUGCUGAUGAGGAGGAAGGGGAUCUUUUGCUAAAUCCUGUUUAAGUAUCAUUGUAAAUAAAGCCUCUACUCUCAA